AUGAGCAACAACAACAGAGGUAGCUCCAAGCGGAGCCAAAACAACAACCAGAAGAAGUCGUUCAACUGCGCUACUCAUGGCCCAAACUCCACUCACAACACGAAGGACUGCAAGACUGCCAACAAUACUACCGCCCAGAAGAAGACCUGUGCUCUAUGCGGCAAGAUUGGCCACUUGAAGAAAGACUGUCGGUUGGAUCCUAACAGCCAGAAGGCCGCUCAGCAGACGCCAGCAGUCCCUACCUACAGCACCAACAACAACCCACGAGCCAAGAAGACUUCAACCUCACCACAGAGUCCCAGCAAGACUGGCAAACCAUGGAGCCCAACUCCAACCUGGGUCGCCAUGGACCUGGACGAGUCUAAUCCAACUUCCGAGGUCGCCGCGAUCCCUUACUGCGCUUGGUGCAACACAAUCGGCCACAAGUCAGGCGAGUGCCAGAACGGCGCAGCAAUGGCCGCCUGCCACGUAUCAUGCCUGCACUGCUGCAAGUGCAACAUGAAAGGCCACUUGUCAUCUGAGUGCCGCAACCCUCUCUUCCGCGAGUGCCACAAGUGCCAUUCGCAAGGCCACACCGAGCCCCUCUGGCCCACACUUCUACGGGGUCCCAAGGCUCAGGAUAUGCGUGACCAGUGGAAUGAAUACCAGCGUAAAGCCCAAGCAGAGGGCAUUGUCAUCGACGAGGAUUUCCGUAUCAACACUGAAAGGGAGAUCUGUGAGACAGCUGCUUAUGAGAUCGGCCUCGGCAUGACCAGUGUUGAGCCUGAGCCACUCCGAUCCAUCUCCAGAAGGGGUAGUCGCCCUCGCGCCGCCUUGGCUGCUCAAUCCGUUGCUAAGGCCAAGGUCACCAAGUGCCCCCUCCAGAACGUGCCAACAUUCAACAGCACUUUCACCUUCGACCGCAAAACGAUCAAGCAAAUGAGAGCCUUGGGCUUGGACAUCAACGUCAUCAAGGCCAUCGAAGAAGCCCAGCACCAAAAGGUCGAAGCCAACCAGUCCCAACACCAGAAGGCUCUGCGCAAGAAGAUCGACGCCUCGAAGACGUAUCCGAAAUCCUGCGUCUCGACCGCCAUCCGCACGCAAGAACUCUGGGUCCUGGAAAACAACCUCCUCACCCGUGGCCGCAUGGACGCCGUCAAGAUGGAGCUCUCCCAGGGCUCCCACAUCUGGCGCGACCCCGGGGCCAUCGCCGCUCUGAUUCAGCGUCAGCAGCCGUGCUGCGAUAGCUGCCAACGUCCGGGCGGCAUCUACGACAAGCACUUCAACAGGAUCAGUCCGAUCAUCUCUGAGGAGGACAUCCUCAAGCUUGAGGAUUGGACGAACGAGGGGCUUUUCGUGGCGCUUCGGUGCCCUUGCUGUGUCAGGGAGGGGUAUACGUGGACGGACAUUCCGCAGGCUGAGUUGGUGCGAUUGGAGGAGGAGCAGGAGGCGAAGGCGAAUGGUCAGAAGUAG